AUGGAGAACCGCGCAACAUUGCUCAGGCCGCCACCUCCCGACCCCAACAAGGCGCCCAUUGAAAAUGUCUUGGAAGUGACAGAGUUGGCUGUGUUAGGUCCUAACAUCUUCACCAAUGCCCGCAAACCCUGGCACCCGCCGGGAGCUCGUGGCAUUUACGGCGGUGCCGUAAUCGCCAUGUGCCUCGCCGCCGCUCAGCGCACCGUAGCCGACGACUUCCUCCCCCACUCCUGCCACUGUUACUUCCUCCUCGCCGGCGCCUCCAACCUCCCCAUCCUCUUCCACGUUGAGCAGGUCCGCGACGGCCGCAGCUUCGCAACUCGCACCGUCCAGGCCCGCCAACGGGGCCGCUGCAUCUUCACCACCACCAUCUCCUUUGUCAAGGAUGGCUCCUCCGGUGCCCCGGGAACACAAGUCUCCCACUCCAGCGCUAUGCCCAUCGAUCCAGUCACCAAACUCCCCGUCCAGCCCCCGCCCGACGACUACGACGGUGAACCCCCCUCCAUGACCCAAGGCCCCUUCCAAGGAACACAGAUCCAAAUCAUUUCCCCCAGCGGCACGUCCACCAAUCCCCGCGAUAAAAAGACACGCCAAUGGCUGCGGUCAAGAGGGAAAAUCACCGGUGGCACUGCCGCCCAUCUCGAGGCGUUGGCCUACAUCAGCGACAGCUACUUCAUCGGCACCGUAACUAGACUUCAUAACCUGUGGAGGUUCCCCCAGUUCAAACCAGAAGACUUUGACAAGCUGAAGCCCGACAUGCAGGAGAAGGUCAGGACGCUGCAUCAGUGGGAGGGGAUGGGUGAUGAUCCGAGGGAUAUGGCUGGACGACCGACGUUGGGCAUGAUGGUGAGCUUGGACCAUACGAUUUAUUUCCAUGAGCCGAAGAGGGUCAAGGCGGAUGAGUGGAUGAUGAAUGAGAUGGAGAGUCCGUGGGCGGGGGAUGGGAGGGGGGUGGUGAUGCAGAAGAUUUUUGCAAAGGACGGGACGUUGUUGGCUACUUGUGUGCAGGAGGGUCUUGUGAGGUUGCAGCCGCCUGAAAAGGAAGCGAAGGAGUCGAAGUUGUAG